UAGAAAUGUCUGAGUGAGAGAUAGAUAGAGAAAGAGAGAAGACAAAAGGACGCGCUGAGAGGGAAAGGCUGUCCUGGAUCUUUUAUAUGGGGCUGAGAUGCACCACUGCGAUCAGGGACAAACUCGUUACAAAUGCAAAGCAAAAAGACAGCGAAGUAUAAAAAAAAAACAAUAAGCAAUAUAAACAAUCAAACAAAUCAAACAAUAACAUUAAAGCAAUCAAACACGACAGGAGGUCGAAGGGAUCGAGCUUUUAGUUCGAUCUUGUUAUUAUUAUUGUUAUUAUUAUUAUUAUUAUUUGCUGAUGCCAGUGCUGUGAGUCUGUGUGCCGGCUGUUACAUGCACGCUCUCCUCACCCUGCUCUUCAGCCCCACAGCGUGUCAGAGAUGAUCUGCUGAGGGCUUUGAGGAGAAGCUGGGCAGUUUGGGUAGCGAAUUCAUGAAUUGGGCUUAUACUUUAUACAGAUACCAUGCAAGGGCAGAGCCAUC